AUAGCAUGUUUCUACUAAGUGUCUCGUUCUAUCUUCUAACUAGCAAAGGAUAAAAACCGCCUUCAGUUCACACAAUGCGUCAGCCAACGCUCCUCCUGGCUCUUAUUGCUAUAGCCUACACAGGAAUGACUGUAGAUGCUCGAUGCCAUGUUACCAGUCACUGUAGCGAGGACCUACUUCUCAAGGGAACCGUUCUCACCAGCCUAGGGGCCCAAAGAAGAUCAAGCAUCCUCUUGCGGUUUGGGAAAAUUGAGUGUGUCAAUGAGGACUGCGAGUCAGUGGCGACCAAUGCUACCAUCAUCGAUUGUUUUAACUCCAUCAUCUCUCCUGGAUUUAUCAAUACGCACGAACACAUCGCCUACUCAACUGUCGAGCCUCUAGCGGACAUCGGAGAGCGCACGAAUCAUCGGCACGACUGGCGUCUUGGGCUUCGAGGGUUCACCAAGCGGGACCUACCGGUCAACGGCUCCGAGAUCAAUGCAAUUAAAUGGGGAGAGCUACGCCAUCUCUUCUCGGGCACUACGUCGAUUGUGGGAGGGAUGAUGACUCUUGGCUUGACGCGCAACCUCGACUUUGUCGAUGGCCUGCAAGACGGUCUCACAGCACCUGCGAGCUAUUGGGACGUCUUUCCCCUCGAUGAUACUGACGGCGACUUAAGGAACGGAGACUGCGACUACGGCAGUAGCCCCAUGACUAGGGCGGCAGCUUCUAAAUUCAAUCGCUACAUCGCCCACAUCGCAGAUGGUAUCGAUGCAGAAGCUGAGAAUGAGUUCAGGUGCAUUUCCAAUAUAACCUUUGACACCCAACCAGCUCCCAGGGGAGGUGGUCUGAGCACUGAUCUUGUAGGCCCAAAUUUGGUCAUUGUGCAAGGCGUCGGUCUCACAGAGAACGACUUCGACAUGGUGGCUGCACGAGGUGCCAAGGUUGUCUGGUCCCCACGCAGCAAUGUCUUUCUUUACGGCAAAACGCUUAAUGUCACGUAUCUACUCGAAGCCGGAAUCACGGUGGCCCUAGGAACGGACUGGCUGCCUUCAGGCUCGGCUACAAUGAGCAGAGAAGCCAUAUGCGGCCUUUCAGUGAUGAGGAAGAGCUACGGUAUAACGCUCGACCCCAAAACCAUCUGGGAGAUGAUGACUAUCAAUGCGGCGAAUGUGGCAGGAUUUGAAAGGCGGAUUGGUUCCUUAGAGGAAGGGAAGCUGGCCGAUAUCACUGUCGUUGGCGGACGUGCUAGCGAAUUUUCAGCCUAUGGCAAAUCAAGUCCUUUUGCGCAAGCCAUUUUCUCACCGCCGGAGCACAUCGAGCUGGUUAUUCGCGCCGGAAAGAUUUUGUUGUCUACUGAAAGCAUUAAGGAUCUCGUGGGAAGCUGUGAAAAGCUUGCCUUCGGUAAUACUACCAAGUAUGCGUGUAUUGCUAACGAGUUAGGUAGUUCGUUUAGGGAUUUUGAAACCUCGCUAGGUGGCGUCUACCCAGCUAUUCUACCAGGUGUUCCGCCACGGGAACCCACCUGCGAACCAACUAGAUAGAUAGUCCUGUAUUAUACUGCGUAUUUAAUCUAUUCAGUAUAUAAGUACCUACAUAUCUAUCUAUUUCUGGCAGACUCUAAGAUGGCAACUUGGGGCAAGGUCAUAGGCAUGCCAAAAGACAACAAGAUAGCGGCUUGCGGCGCAAGACCUAACAAUAAUCCUUAUUGUAGAUUGACCCUGAAUAAGAUGAAAGUGGCCGAGGCGUAGUAUAGGCCAAGUGUUGACGUCUACUCACGGGUCUCAGGUGAGAAUUAGCAUUUAUAAAUACAUCAGCCAGUAAAGUAUUGGCAGGAUGAGCUUUUGUCGUGGAAUCAACUAUGCUCACAUCAGUCGGUGUUCAAUUAACUGCAGGCGUGUCUAGGUAUUGAGAGGUUGCUUAAUUAUAGAAAUUAUAAAUGUGGCAGUG